CAAAUUGUACCUCUCUGAAUCAUCAAAACAAAAAAUAAUUUCACGUUUUUCAUCCAAUUUUACUUGAAUUUUACCGAAUCCCAGCUUUAAAAUCACAGAACGAUGGCAGAUCCCGAACUCGAAGCUAUUCGUCAACAGCGUUUAGCCCAAAUGCAAGGACAGGGCGGCAGCGAGCAACAAAAACAAAUGGAAGAACAACGUCGUGCUCAGGAAGACAUGAAAAAUUCAAUGUUGAGUCAAAUUUUGUCACAAGCAGCUCGCGCUCGUUUAAACACUCUCAAAAUCAGUAAGCCCGAAAAGGCGCAAAUUGCAGAAUCGACAAUUAUUCGCAUGGCACAAAUGGGACAAAUCGGCGGCAAGCUAGAAGACACAGAAUUGGUGCAAAUUCUCGAGAGUUUGAACAAACAAAUGCCCAAAAGCGAAAGUAUGGUGAAAUUCGAUAGAAGACGUGCCCAAAUCGACUCCGAUGACGACGAUGAUUACGGGAUUUAACGAUCCUCGAGGAUGUCAGAACGACGAUUUGAAGUCAAAUUUACUCAUUUUUAUUGUUUGAAAUUUCUCUCGCAUACCGGCUUUCGCUUUCUUUCAUUUUUUUUUAAUUUUUAAAUAAUAAUAAAAUCGUCACACAAUUUACUAAGUAAUGCUCCAUUCAAAAA